UAUGCCAGAGGAGCGGAUAUUGUACUGUCAUGCCUCCAUCACCCGGCGGAUUUUGUCUGGUGAGGUUGCAAAUUUGCAUCACACAGUGUCUGUGUCCACACAGCGCCCACCGUGAGGAGCAGCACAAUGCGCGAUAGGCUGAGCAGUGGGAAUGAGGAUCGGGAGAGGGCAUCAUCAGCAGGCUUCGGCAGCAGAACCUCAGCGAGGCUGGGAGCUUCCUUCGUCCACCGAGGAGACAUUUAUGCUAGACUCGGCACGAUGUUGAUCUCUGCUUCAGAUGUCGACACAUUUGUCAAGCUAUCGUCGCACCAUGAAACCGAUCUUUACCGCCCGUCGUCGCGCCCGUAA